AUGAAGGAAGGGGCGAGAGAAAGGGAGGAGCUACCAGUUUCGCGACUUCCAGAGAGACGAGCGACAGGUACACUUCCAGGACAAACACUUGAAUGAGAGGAUGGCUUCCCAGCACUACCUGACAAUAUACAGAGAGCAGUUUGCCUCACCUGGCAAAGUGGAACGAAUGCAACUUCGACCAACUUCUGCCCACAGAAGAAACAACCCACAGCCUCAACCGGACUUUCUUUUCCCCCGCAGUCUUAAGACCCUGAACAAUCCAUCACACAAACCACUUAAACCUCCAACUUUCCCCCCUGUGGACGCUGGCCGUCAACCCUUCUCCCCUGUCACGCGACUGUCAUUCAAUAGCCCUGUUAGGGCUUUUCCUGUCAACUCUGUGAACACUGUGGGCUCAAGCAAAGCACAGCUCAUGCCAGCCAUAAACCCAUCUUCAGUUCAAGAGCUGCCCUCUGUUGAUCGGCAGCAGAAGCUAUCAUCUCCCACUGCCAGCUGUGUCCGGCUUCGCUCAUCUUUGAAGAUCUCACCAAGUGGGUGCUACAGCUGUUUCCAUGUGGUGAAGCCCUACCAAGCCAGUCACUAUGUCAUACACCCGCAGUUUGUGUCUGAAUGCCGCCAUUAG